AUGCUGCUGAAAAUCGAGGAACCAGAUGAGGCAGAGGAGGCCCACGAGACCCUGUGCCUCGAGUUCGACGGCAGCAGCGGCGGCUGCGGCGACGACGAGCUGUACCCGGCGUUCGCGGCGGCGGCCGCCGCCGCGGAUUGCGGAGAGGAUCUGCUCGCCCCCGCGGCCUGCGGCCUCGCGGCGGCCGAGGCGGCAACGGCGGCGUUCGAGGCGCGCGCGGCGCUGGGCUGCGGGGGCGGCGCCGCCGCGAUCGGGCUCGAGGCGCCGCGGCCCGGGUCGGCGGUGGGCGGCCUGCUUGAAUGGGAGGGUCACGGCGAGAGCGCCUGCGGCAGCAGCGGCGCGCCUGCCGCAGGCUGCGGUGGGGGCAGCGAGGAGCACUGUCUGUCUGAGUCGGUGGGGAGAAUAGAGGCUCCGACAUGGCACAGCCGGCUUGGGCCCAAGGCUGCGCUUGCUGACAGGGAUCAGCCUCCACAGCAGCAGCAGCAGCAGCAGCUGCAGCAACCGCGCCUGCUGCGGCGAGUGGCUGCUGUGCGCAAGGGGUCAAGGUCGACCGGUCCCCGCACUGUAGCGCUGCAGCAGCAGCAGCAGCACGAACAGCAGCAGCACCUGCACAAGCAGCAGCAGCAGCAGCAGCAACAGCUGCAGCUGCAGCAGCUCCAGGCCGCGUGGCCGCAGACGGCGGUGCCGUGCGUGCCUGUGGCGGGCCCGUGCGCUCCAGGCGAGGUGCCGACCUGCAUAGGCUACCUGGUUCCCCUCCCUCUGAUGAUGGCCGCGGCCCAACCGCAUCAGCGCACCCUGCCCGCCGCCAGCGGCACCGCCGCCGCCGCCGCCCGCGCUCCCGCGCCGCUGCCCGCCGCGGCCGCGGCCGCGGACACGGCGCCGGCGGACACGUGGGCCGCGGCGGCCGGGCUGCCGGCGAGCGGCAGCAGCACGGCGCUGGCCUGCGAAGGCGCAGAGGGGGAGGGGGGGGAUCCUUUCGAUUUCGGGGCUCCGGCGCUGAUGGGUUCCUUUGUGCGGCCCGACGAGCUGCUUCUCUCUUAUUACUGA